UUUUUUGAGAAACACCAUCUAACGGUCGGGCUACUAAAGCUGCAAACUGGAGGGACCUGAUCCAUCUACACAUAAAAAACUUGCUUCCUGUCUGUUAUGUCUUCUCUGUCAAGGUUGCCUGUCAUAUCCGAAAGUACUUUGACCAUGCCCUCUAUCAAACAGGUAAUUCAACUCGGUAUUCGAACUUUUGCGGUCGUCUGCUUUGCGGUUGUUGAAUACGAAAUCCCACACGUUGAAGUAAAGUUGAAAGCCUGGCCGAGUUCUUCUCUUAAAUGCUGGCUAACGUCCAUUGAUCGAGGAUUCCGACUGAGGAGCCCGUGAGCGUAACACGUGCUCAGUGAACGAGUCAUUGAUCCACAGAGAAGACUGAACCAAAGACAAAAGCCAACAUGAUUUCAUCAAAGAAGCUUUUAUGUAAUAGAGUAUUGAUGAAGAGUAUUUUAUCAAAACAUCUGGGGAUAAAAUCAGAGGAUACAGCCACUAGCACAUUGAAAAAGAAAUUUAAUGAUAGUGCCUUGAAGAAAUGGGCAAUAGUUUCACCCCUCGUUGAAACUAAACAACUUACAGCACAGUUGGUAACUGGGAUUGAAGUAACACCCAUAGCUGCAACAUGGGCUGUCCUAGACAUUCAUUUAAAUGAGGUAGUUGAUUGUGGAACCUAUCCACUAUUUAGUGAAGAUGUUAAAGCCUGCUCAGCUGUUAUCCUUGACUUGGUCCACAGAGUCAAAGAAGUGAUACCAACGAGUGACUUAUUUGUGCUAGAAGAAAAGUUGUGGACUAAAGGAGGUAUUAAAUCAAAUAGCGAUAUGGGAAUCAACCUUUUGACAUUUCAGGCAAUGUUAUACACACUUUUGAAUGACAAAUUUAUUCCUGAUGACUCUUUAAGUAAGGUCUUCUACAUCCAGUCCAAGGCCAUACUGAAACUUUUUAAACUAAAAGUAGGAAAUGAAAGGGUGUCUAGUCAACAUAUUGUUCAAAGAAUGAUGAGACGGUCGAAUGUUGGUUAUGUGCUGGACAGUAGAUGGGAAAAUAUGGGUAGUCUAGAAGUCGGUAGUGACCAUUACGGCCAACUCUGCUGGAAUAAUCCAGAAAUGAUUAAAAGAAUCUGGACUAGGGACGAACUUUGGAGAGAAAAUGUUUCUAAUGCUAUCCUUGUCGCGCAUGCUUUUACGGACCUCUGUCUGAAAGAAGACGGAAAUGCUCUACGUCUUCUAUGGAAACGUUCUUAACCAAAGUGUGGACAUGAAGAUUUAGUUGCAGACUUGUGGUCAGGAGUUCUCACACCGUCUCUAUGGUGAACGUGGGGGCGUUCCAAUGUUCUAUACACGUCUAACCUUCAGUUACCUUCGAGGCGUCGGCCAGAGCAGAAGCUUUUCUACAGAUCAGUGUUUCGUGAC